GAUAUAUUACAAGGGGUUUAAGUUUAACUAUAGUCUACACCGAAACUUGGAAGGACCUUUUAGGGUUUCAAAAAAUGGGCGAAACGGAGAAGGCGUCGGAAGCCAAGAGAACCACCGUCGGACCAGCCUCCGUUUUGGCUUACCUCGACCCCAAUUACUGGAAUGAGAGGUUUACUUCUGAGGAUCAUUACGAAUGGCUCAAAGAUUACUCACAUUUUCGUCAUUUGAUCCACCAGCAUAUCAAACCCGAUUCUUCCGUAUUGGAGCUCGGGUGUGGAAACUCACAACUCUCUGAUGAGUUAUAUAACGAUGGAAUUACUAAUAUAACCUGCAUUGAUCUCUCUUCGGUUGCAGUUGAGAAAAUGCAAAAACGCUUCUUCUCUAAAGGCUACAAAGGUGUCAAAGUGUUGGAAGGCAAUAUGUUGAAUCUUUCAUUUGCCGAUGAAUCAUUUGAUGUCGUAAUAGAAAAAGGAACCAUGGAUGUUUUGUUCGUGGACAGUGGUGACCCGUGGAACCCACGGCCCGAGGCCGUAAACAACGCAAUGGCGAUGCUUCAAGGUGUUCAUAGGGUUUUGAAACCCAACGGGAUUUUCAUCUCAAUCGCUUUUGGUCAGCCACACUUCAGGCGUCCGCUAUUUAAUGCCCCCGAGUUUACAUGGUCCAUCGACUACACUACAUUUGGAGAUGGAUUUCAUUAUUUCUUUUAUGUCCUGAGGAAGGGAUGCAAAUUGUUAGAUGCCAAUGCAGAUGUGAAGAAAGUUGAGACACCAACUCUAUGCCUUUAUCAAGAUGAAUUGGAUAAUGAAGAUUAUUUAUUUCGUACCAACAUUGAUGAAACUGAUGAUCAAAGAUGACAGACAUUGCAACGAUACAUGGGAAACGACCUGUUUCAGUUCUGGACCCUUUUGCCCAUCGUUUUCUUACAUGCAUUGAUCGAUCUAUGGCUGUAGUUGUGUCCAAAUUUAAAGCUCGAGAGCUCUUUUUGUCUUGUAUUUGUAUCGUACGAUGUUAAAAAAAACAGUUAGAUAUGUUUUUGGGAUGUUUUUAUUUUCUCAAGGUUUACAUUCUGAAAUAUUUUUUGUUUUGUUAGUUUCGACUUCCUGGACAACUUUGAUUUGUCUAAGAUAGGUACUUGUCAUUGUUGCAAUUCUUGUAUCUUUAGUUCUUGAUAUAA